AUGAAUGCGAAGUUUUCCAUUCUCCUCGCAUCCGGCGUUUCAUUUUCAGUCAUAUUAAUCAGUUUCAUAUGUGUCGGCGUCAUUUUGCAAGAUAUAAACAGCCUCUACGAUGAUGUCAUGGAUGACAUGCAGGAGUUCACAGCGAUUGCUAAUGCAGCCUGGGAAGAAAUCAUGAUCCAAACUGCACCAGUUGGACCAAAUGAAGCCAGUACAACACUAAAUCGUGACAAGCGUUCCGCUGAUCAUUGUAAUUGUGGCGGGCAACCUAACGAUUGCCCGCUAGGACCUCCAGGUCCUCCCGGAGAGCCGGGAAGAGCAGGUGAAACCGGAUUCGAUGGUGAACCAGGUCGUAAUGGUGUUCCAGGAAUAGAAACAGUCGGUCUUCGAAUAAUUACGGGAUGCAUCAAAUGUCCAAUUGGAGCGCCAGGACCUGCAGGGCUUGCAGGACCUCAAGGACCUAGUGGACCGGAUGGGCAACCAGGAGCACCAGGAGCUCCUGGAAAUGAUGGACAACCAGGAGCACAAGGACCUGUGGGAGAAGCUGGGGAGCGAGGGGAGCCUGGAGCAACAGGCCCCCCUGGAGAAAACGGAGAUAAUGUACAGGAAGGAAANCCCCUGGGCCACCAGGACGUCCUGGUCCGAAUGGGCUUGAUGGAGAACCUGGAGCUCCCGGACAGCCGGGAGAGCCUGGAGAAUCAGGAAUGCCAGGCAACGAUGGAACUUAUUGCUCAUGCCCACGUCGUAUGGAUAAGAGAACGAUAUCGCCCUGACAGCAGCUCGUCAACGAUGAACACUCGAUUCUUCGUAGCAGCAGCUUCCGCAGCUUCUGCUGCUGUCAUCUUUGUUUGCCUUAUUCUAGUUGUAAUACUUCUCCAAGACAUUAACACUUUCUACGAUGACGUCAUGGACGAAAUCCGGGAUUUCAAGACUAUCGCCGAUGGGGCUUGGAAAGACAUGAUCGUCACUCCACAAUCCAGCACUGCAUCACAAGGACAACAUCCCCUUAUCUUCGGUAGAACGAAGAGGUCGAAGGCAGUUUGUGCGUGUGAUGCGGUAGAAAGCACGUGUCCGCCAGGUCCUCAAGGAGAACAAGGACUACCAGGACAAGCUGGUGAGCCGGGAAUACCGGGCGAACAUGGACUUCCUGGAAUACCUGGAAUAGGGGUUAUUGAUUCGCAAGGUGCAGCUGGCUGUAUCCCAUGUCCACCUGGACCCCACGGACCACCCGGAAAAAAAGGUCCAAAAGGGCCACCUGGUCCUGACGGACAACCUGGAAGGCAAGGAAUGGUUGGCGGUGAUGGACAUCCAGGGCCUGCAGGACCACCGGGAGAUGCAGGUAUUCCAGGAACGCCAGGAAUCCCUGGGCAACGCGGUACCGCUGGAAGGAACAGGAAACAAGGUCGCGGAAAACGAGGACCUCCUGGUCUACCCGGUUCCAGAGGCGCGUCCGGCUCUCCUGGAGCCAAUGGUGAAGAAGGUGCACCAGGCAAGCCUGGUCCACAAGGUAUACCGGGUGCUGCCGGUAAGAAUGGCACAGCUGCUAGUGCAGGUGAGCCUGGUCCCGCAGGGGGUCCAGGCAUACCGGGUGCUGAUGCAGCUUAUUGCCCAUGUCCACUGCGUGCCACUCAAAUCAAGGCUGCAACGGAACCACCAGAUUACUACUUACGAUCUGCAUAA